GGGUGGGAAGGGUGGUCGCCUGGCAUCCAUGGCAGGACGCGCGCCUGGUUCCCCGGGCAGGAUCCCGCCUGCGCUGCAGAUGCGCUCCAGGCCCCCCGUGGAACCUCCGGCCUCAAGACAGGGGCAGGCAAGCUGGUGAUCAUGGAGGCAGAAUAAGGAUUGAUCUGCUUUAGAACUAGGGAAUUUCAUUGGGUGCUUAUCCAGCUCAAUCAUGUGUGAUUUGCUGAAAGAGGAGAAGAAGAAAAAGAAGAAGAUGGCACUGAUGACAACAAGCAAAGGGCUGGAGUUUGCAAAGGAGCAGUUGAAGAAGCAUGGAUGGAAAAAAGGUAAAGGACUUGGGAAACAAGAAAAUGGGAUCACUGAAGCCCUAAAAGUCAAAAUAAAAUGCAACACAGCUGGGGUGGGGCAUGACUCGGCUGAGGAGUUCACCUACCACUGGUGGGACCAUCUGUUCAACUCGUCUGCUGCCAACAUUACAGUAAAAGCUGAGCAGGAUGGGGUCCAAGUGAGAAAAACCUCUGAGCGAGAGGGGCCAGUCACAAGGACAAAGCCAUGCCGAGCCCAGGAGGGGAACAUGCUCUAUGGCCGCUUUGUGAAGGCAGCCACCCUGAUAUCUGGCACAGAGGAGCCCAUGAACCCCGUGUCCUCUGCAGACCAGGAGGAGGAGAAACCGGACCUCUCCAUGGCAAGGAGGCUGACUGACCAGGAGCUGUUCCAGGCCUGUGGGGGAAGAACAGUCCACAAGGGCGCUCGGCACGGCAUCACGAUGAGGGCAAAGCUCGCCCGGCUAGAAGAGCAGGAAAAGGCUUUCUUGGCUAGUUCUGUCCAGAAGGAUGGACCAGGGAUGGCCCCCAGUGACUGCCCUGACCCACAGCACUCAUCACAAGUCAAGAAACACAAAAGAAGCAAAACAGGCUGCUACAGAGAAGAGCCAGGUGGGAGAAGCUGUCUCAAGGCCAAGGGCAAGAAGAAGAAGGGCAAGGAGCUGAACGGGCACUAGGGAGACGGCAGCCAGAGGAGCAGAACGAUGGGGGCUUUCAGCCCUGCUUGAGCCUCACUUGUGUUCCAGCCCUUGUCUUGUCCAGUGAAGGACUGGCUGAUCUCCUCCACUAAGGAGUGCUGGAGGUUGAAAAGUGUACAGAUAAAUAUUUUUUUCAUAAAUAGAUAAUACACCUA